CCGGGGAUGAAUGCAAAAUCAUCAAAGCUCGCUCAACUCGUCCCUGGCAUUUCUCAUUAUUUCAUCUUAGCAAUUCGGUGGUCUUCAUCAAUUCUUGGAGAGCCAUGGGUUCCGGUUACAAGCCUCGUACCUUCUUCGUCGAGCGUAUCACUAAAGAGACCAAGGUCCAGAUUUCUCUCUCUCUCGACGGCGGUCCCCUUGAUCAUCUCCCCGAGACCUUUCAAGUCCCAAGCCAUUUCCCAAAGCAGACGACCGAACACCAUGCCAGCCAGAAUUCCAACUCCCAACAGAUCUGGAUCUGGACGGGCAUUGGUUUCUUAGAUCAUAUGCUGCAUGCACUUGCAAAGCAUGCGGGAUGGAGUCUGCGUAUCAGGACUCAUGGUGACCUGGCCAUCGACGACCACCACACAGCCGAAGACACUUUCCUUGGCCUCGGGGAAGCUUUUCAGAGAUGCCUAGGUGAUCGCAAAGGCCUCCGACGCUUCGGCGAUGCCCACGCACCCCUCGAUGAGUCUGUUGCCCGCGCUGUUAUCGACAUCUCCUCCCGCCCUUUCUUUGUUGGCGACUUCGGCUUCAAUAACGCCAAAAUCGGAGAUUUAACAACCCAGAUGAUCCCACACUGCCUGCAGAGCUUCAGUCAGACUGCAGGCGUAACGCUUCAUGUCGAUGUGUUGAAGGGGGAUAAUGAUCAUCAUCGCGCCGAGGCGGCAUUUAAGGCCCUGGCUGUUGCGGCCAGGCGGGCAACCGAAAGGAUUGCGGGCAAAGAGGGAGAGGUUAUUAGUACCAAAGGGGUAUUGUGAUGUCCUAUUUUGACUCCUUUUCUUUGAGGCUUGCUUAAAUACUAGGUAUUGUGUAGACAGAAAAGUAAUGCUAUCUUUGUUUGUACUCAUGCCACUGAACGUCAUUGUUCCAGGAGAGCAAUAGAGGUAUGAGUCCUAUCGCAAUCUUGAAAAUUACAUUGAUCAA